AUGCCGAAGAAAGCCAAAAGUCCGAAAAUCUCUCCGGAAGAAUUGCUCGAAGCUCUCCGGCAGGCCGAGGCGGAAAGAUGUGCCGAGGAGCAGGAGCGAUUCCGCGAGAAGGUUGCCCUAGAGCAGAAGGAAUACAACCAGCGCCGAAUGCUGCUUGUCGAGAGCGUUAAGUUAUUUCGCAGGCUCGAGAAAGCUGCUGGCGACUACGGGCAGCAGUUGGCCGACCGGAAAGAGUGGACCGAUUUCCUAUCCUGUCGAACGAACCCCAACCCGACCAGCCCGCCCGAGCUGAGAGAGUGUCUGUUCCGGUGGGUCUUUCAGCAGGAGGCACAGGAAAAGAGUUCGGUCAGCUGGACGCUGGCAGCCGACGAACGGAGCCCACUGACGCAAGACCCGAGCCGGAAGCGAAACACAAGAAAAGAUCUGAGAAAAACCUUCCGGAACAUAGGCGAAAUUUACUUGCCAACAAUCUGUGAGGCGCUGGCCGUGUUGGAAUCGAUCCAAGACAGUGUGGUGGUGCAAAAGGCGGAGAACGAAAUGGGCGAAGAAGUCGCCACGGUACGAGAUGAAAUCCGGAAGUUCAUUAGCGAUUCGCUGGACAGGAUGACCUUUCGCAUCGGGAGCAACAUUACGCGCGACAUGGACACACUAGAUCCCGUGAUGAGUGAGUUCCAGUUCCAGGCGGACAAUGUACUGGCGAUGUAUCUUCGGAGUUUUCGUCCGGUUCCACUCGCACCAGAUUAUAAUCUGCUUAUGAAAGUUAUCAACAUGGUCCCGCUCCACCUUGUACUACAUCGUCCACCAACGCUGGAACUGAAGGACUGUCUUCUAAGGGGCAUGUGGCAAGAGUUCGAUCACUACAGUAAUAUGGACCCGACGUACACUAUUCCAGCGCUGGAACCCGUUCCCGAGUUGGUCGCCGCCCAGGAAGCGGAGUGGCACGAACGCCAGGAAGUAAGACGGAAGCGUCUGACAGCGUUGCGGAAACAACGAGAAGAUUAUGAAAGCGAAGAGCGCCGUAAACAGACCGAAGCUGAAGCGCUCGAAGCUCAGAAGGGUGGUCCCGGAUCAGGCAAGGACACGAAAGCGGGUCCUCCAAAACAAGCAAAUUCAGCCAAAGGAAAAACAGGAAAAUCUCCCAAACAACCACCAGCCCCGGAGACGGUUCCAGCGGUGAUUACGGACGAUACCGAGGUUGACAUUGACGGCGAAUUCGAGCAGCAGGAAAGCGAUCGAUUUUGGGCCACGCUCGCUGCUGUAUCACCGAAAUCGCUUCCCCUCAGGCAAGGAUACAUAAACCUGCGGGAGUAUGCCAUCGUCGGUGGCGUGUUCAAGCUGGCACGCUUCGACAAGCUUCCGCAGCCGGUAGAACUGAGGCCCGAUUUCAUCUACACUAACGUUCCGGUUGGUUUGAAGUUGACAGAAAAAGGGUUUCGUGCGUAUGUUGAAAGCGACGAGUUGAUUAAAAUUGAGCUUCAGCUACCGGCCCACUGUCACUGGUGGGAAGAGCCAACCGUUUGCUGCUGGGAACCGUGGGAAGCGAGCGAACCGUUCGCCCAACUCCAGCCGGAAGUUCAACAGUUUCACCUAAAGUAUGACGAAAUCGAGGCACACAAAUCGACACUCCUGUUUGCCGCACCCAACCAUCGUACGUCCCGGGCGCUCGUUAUGGAACCAAAAGUGCUUCAAGACUUUAGCCUUAUGGAUAUUCCGUUGGAGAUGCGGCUGCACUAUCUCAUCCGCGAGCACCUUUUGCCACGCAUCCCGGAAGGAUAUCGAUUCCGGGCGGAGUUGAAACGCCUGUACACACUACUGACGGAGCGAGCCGCCCGACGGAAGGCACGUGACCGGGAGCAGAUGGCACGGGACGGGAUGAUGCAGAAGUACGACCAAUUUCUCACCAACAGCCAUCCUGCGAACGGGGAACCAUUGAUGUUGCUGUCGGAAAUGCGCCUCCCAAUCGAACCCGAUAUUGACAUCGGGGAGGAUAGAGACGCAGUGGCCGGGAGUUCUAUGGUGGAAGAUGCCACCCAAGAGCAAUUGCAGGAAAUGGAUGAAAAAUUGCAACAAUUUUCAUUGGCGCCUCUGGACGGAGCGAGAUACCUGCAUCCACCCGUUCCGCUUUGUCAAGCCCUCAUAACCGGUAGGUACGACGGGUCCGAGACGAGCAUUACCGAGCUGGAACAGGAAAUGGAGGCACUCGUGCAGAGAAUGGAAUCGCCCAACGCUAUGCUGGACAGCGAUUCCAACGAGCGUUUGUGUCGCAUGUUUUCCACCUUUCUGGCACUGCUCGAGUAUCUGCGGGAAAAGGAACGACCACACUUUCCAGCGCUCCCGUCGGAUGAGGAUGAAACGGUCGGACAUCCGUCCACUCGGCCUACUCUGGACGCUGAGAAGCAGCGGAAACGGCCGCAGUUUGAGAUUCGCACUACGAAAAAGUAUCCACUCGGGUUAGGCAUUGGACGAACGCGCACACUAUCCGGUGCGAGUGAAGCUUCCAGCACUCUGGACGACAAAAAGAAGCGCAAGCAGCGGAAAAAGUCACUCGACAGUGGCAAGACACAGCGGGGUGAACACUUAGCGUUGCAGGACACAUCGGAGCAAGGGUCGGAGAUUGGAAGUUCGCAGGAUUCGCGCCUAUCGCUGAUCGAGCACGAACCGGGCCGAUGGUCAACGAUGCCCAUACACAGCCAAUCGUACGAUCCGGACCAAGGACUGCUUACGUUCUACACUGAUCGGUUGGGAGUGUACGGGUUGGCCUCGCGGAAGUACUGCAAUAUCCCAUUCGUGCACUGGGAUAUUCGACGCCACGGGAGAGUUGCUGCCCUUACCACCGCUCUUACCCUCUCCACCAAAUCCUUCCAAAUCGUGUUCUACGUCACCUCGCAAGGCUAUCGAGUGGCGCUGCAAGAGCACAGUAAACGCGACACCAAAAAGCUCACAGAUGAAGUCCCUCCCGUCCCGGUGUUUCCCACCGAUGGAACGUUUUCGCUGCAAGAGCUUGAAAAGUUUCUUCACCGAAGCAACGUGCACGUGUUUCCCCAAGUGGACACCUGUUUCUACGUCUCCGGGCUGGAGUCUGCGUCGUGUCCCAAGCAUCCUUCAAUGGAGGCGCACAAUUUGCGGUGCUUGGGUGUGUUUUGUCUGACGCACAACUUCCAGCACUGUCUGUGGAACCGGUACGCCAAUCGACGCACUUCACUCGUACUCAGCCGCGAGUUGAUCGAGGGACGGAACGAGCCCGAGUUCGGAACUAUCAUGAUAACACCACUUAAGUCACAGCACGUCGAGGUGGAGGAGCUGUGUUCGGAUUCGCUCGAGGAAAUACUGCUGGCGUUCCAUCCACGCCCCGAGGAGCAAAGUUACAAUGCGGAUUGCUAUGGCUUGCUAAAGGACGGUCUGGAGGAACCGUCGCGCAAAGUAUUGGCCAAAACACCACCACUGCUUCAAUGGCACGUUGGGCAACUCCUGCAGAAGCUACGUCUGCUUAGCUACUCGUGA